CUAAUUUUAACUAAGCAAUGGUCUUUCCUAAUAUUUCUCUUACUGUUCUAGGGCUCUUCAUCCUCCUCUCUUAUCUCUCACUACUCCCAUCUGUUGCAUCUACUUACCCAUCUCAUGUAUACAUUGUCUACUUGGGCUACAACAAAGGCCAAGAACCUCUUCUCACCACUCAAAGUCAUAUCCAACUCCUCUCAGACGUCUUCUCUAAAGAAGAUGAAGCAAAAGAAGCAAUGCUAUAUAGCUAUAGGCAUAGCUUCUCUGGUUUUGCAGCAAUUAUUAACUCAACACAAGCCACCAAUUUGUCUAGUAAGAUUAUUUUAAUUUUUAUUCUCUUAUAUGAGAUGAGUAUUAUAUAUGAUAUGAAAGCAUUCUCUCAUAUAGUUGCUUGUGCACGUACGUAUUACAUACAGGGGGAAGGCUUUAUCAGCAAGAGGAUGAGGAUGAUGAGACUGGUGGAUGGUCGUAGAUUUUUCAGCUCUGGGUCAUGCUCACUGGAGCAGUGGAAUGGCCGGAAGAUGCCACCGGCAGCGGUGGUACUGUGCUUCUCCACCGUACUGCAGGUUCCCAGCACAGUUGCAGCCAUUUCCGUGUGGAGACUCAAUGCUUCUGCCCUCAUUUUUGCGGAACCCUCCACUCGGCUGAUGCCUCAAGAUGAUCUGCUCCCAACUGUCCAUGUGGAUCUCAUUCAAGCCACUCAAAUCCUCAACUACAUCAAAUCUUCCAACAAUCCUACAAUAGAUGUCUUUCCAAGCAAAUGGCGGUUGGGUCGCUCUCCUGCACCUUCUGUUGCUUACUUCUCUUCGAGAGGGCCAAGUUCUGUAUUUCCAAGCAUCUUAAAGCCCGACAUUGCUGCACCUGGAGUCAAUAUCUUAGCAGCAUGGUCCCCCAAAGCUCCGCCUACAUUGAUCCCGCGGCUCGACAAUCGCUCCGUGGCCUGGAAUUUUCAGUCUGGAACUUCCAUGUCGUGUCCUCACGUAGCGGGCGUCGUAGCACUCCUCAAGUCAGCUCACCCUCAUUGGUCUCCUGCUGCUAUCAGAUCAGCUCUCAUGACUACAGCAGUCAUGGCUGACACGAGCUCAGACACAAUCUUAGCCGGAGGAACCUUAAAAGCGGCGGAUCCCUUUGACAUCGGGGCGGGACACAUGGAUCCGUUGAAGGCAAUGGAUCCUGGACUCAUCUAUGACAUGGAUACUCAAGACUACAUACUCUUCCUCUGUAGCAUCGGCUACACGGAGGCCCAGAUACGCAAGAUUGUUCUCCCUAAUAUUUCUCCCAUUAACAUCAAUACAAGCUGCAGCGAAGUCUAUUCAGAUCCGGACCUCAACUACCCAGCAAUCGUCAUAUCAGAUCUUCACACAGCUCUUACCGUCCAAAGGACUGUAACAAAUGUCGGGUCAGGCGCAGCAAUUUAUUUCGCGAGAGUGGUGAGUCCUCAGGGAGUGCAUGUGUCGAUAUCGCCCCACUGUUUGGUAUUUUUCGGUGAAGGAGAGAAGAUUUCAUAUGAAGUUACGGUCAUCCCGUUGAAAAGGUCAGGGGGGAGGUAUGAUUUUGGGGAGAUAGCGUGGUCCGACGGCUACCAUCGAGUUCGGAUUCCACUUGUAGUGAGGGUGAGUACUCAUUUCGCUAUCGGUGGUGGAUCAGAAUCAGAUGAAGCCGGCAUAACUAACUACAUCCAGCUCCAGUAGUAGUACUGUCUACCUCAAGUAUAUAUCUUUUACUUGCUGUGGGAGUCACAGCUAUAUAUAGCAAUAUUAAUUGUCAAGUUGUUAAACUAGUUUUUGCUAUGUGCUUAAUCUUGGAGUACUGAUAAAUGAACGAGCUAUAAGCCGUCAGAACGUUUCAUCGCAGUCCUACACUCUACAUCUAGCUCCGUAUGCUUCAUAUAGCCACUGGUCUCGUAUCGCCUGUUUAAUUUACUUUCUUUUGUUUUUGCAUUCAUAAAGAAUUUUUUCAACGUAACAUGCGCUUCUUAUGUUUUA